AUGACUCUGACGAUUCCUCUCCGACGCCAAUCGGCAGCCUCAGCAGCGGCCUGGGCCGUGGCCGUCCCACGCGUCCGAUGGCGACGGUGCUUUGCGUCGAGCUUGGCCGACCGGACGCCGCAGAAGACCCCGUCGUCGAGGACGGAUGCCCUGGCUGUGCCGAAUCCAGAUCCCGCUCCCGACUCGGCCAGCGCCGCGCUCGUCGACCAACACGCACCCUACAUGGUCGCCACCUACGCCCGCCCACCCCCCGUCUUCGUUCGGGGCUCGGGCUCGUGGCUGUGGGACGUGGAGAAUAGAAAGUACCUAGACUUUACCGCCGGCAUCGCCGUGACGUCCCUCGGCCACUGUGACGCCGAGUUUACCCGCAUCAUGGCUGAUCAGGCCAAGACGCUUGUGCACGCCUCCAACCUCUACUAUAACCCCUGGACCGGCGCCCUGUCGAAGCUUCUCGUCGAAAAGACGGUCGAGUCGGGCGCCAUGCACGACGCCAGCUCCGUAUUCGUCUGCAACUCGGGCUCCGAGGCGAACGAGGCGGCCAUCAAGUUCGCCAGGAAGGUCGGCAAGGUCGUCGACCCCUCUGGUAACAAGACCGAAAUCGUCAGCUUCAACAACGCCUUCCACGGCCGCACCAUGGGCAGCCUCUCGGCCACGCAUAACCCAAAGUACCAGAAGCCCUUCUCACCCAUGGUCCCUGGCUUCCGCAUGGCGUCCUUCAACGACAUCGCCGCCAUCAAAGACGCCGUCACCGAGAGCACUUGCGGCGUCAUCGUCGAGCCUAUCCAGGGCGAGGGUGGUGUCCAGGCCGCGACCGACGACUUCCUCGUCGCCCUGGCGAAAAGAUGCCGCCAUGUCGGCGCCGUCUUGAUUUAUGACGAGAUCCAGUGCGGCCUCUCGCGGACCGGUACAUUCUGGGCCCACGGCCACCUGCCUCGGGAGGCCCACCCUGACGUGCUCACCACGGCCAAGGCGCUCGGAAACGGCUUUCCCGUCGGCGCUGUCCUCGUCAACAAGCACGUCGGCGACAAGAUCAAGGUCGGCGAUCACGGCACCACCUUUGGUGGCAACCCCCUGGCAUCCCGCCUCGCUCACUACAUGGUCACGCGCCUGUCGGACCCUGAGCUUCAACAGCAGGUCCUCGCCAAGUCGGCCAUCUUCGGCGACCGCUUCGACAAGUUGCGCGUGCGCUUCCCUCAACUCGUCGCCGAAGCACGUGGCCGCGGUCUCAUCCUCGGCCUGCAGCUCACCGAGGAUCCCACACCGAUCGUGAAGGCUGCCCGCGAGCGGGGCCUGCUCGUUAUAACCGCUGGCACCAAUACUCUGCGAUUCGUCCCAAGUCUAUUGGUGACCGAAGAUGAGAUCCACGAGGGCCUUGAUAUCCUGGAGGAGGCCAUUGCUGUCACAAGGCAGUAA